GUUUGAUUCCGGAUUAAACCGGAGAGAUCGGGUCGGUUUGUGUGAGGGACGCUGUGGAUUCUCUGCAGUUGAGUGUAAACUGUGAAUGUCUGGGAUUUUAAAGGCCAUGUCGAAGUUCCGUCUGGCUGUGGUGCAGCUGCACGUAACUAAGUUAAAGGCUGAAAACUUGUCUCGGGCCCGGAAGCUGGUGAAGGAGGCGGCAGGUCAGGGGGCGAAGGUCGUGGUUUUACCUGAGUGUUUCAACUCUCCAUAUGGGACGGGAUACUUCGCGGAAUAUGCGGAGAAAAUUCCAGGAGAAUCGACGCAGGUUCUGGCGAAGGUGGCUGAGGAGUGUGGGAUUUAUCUCAUCGGUGGCUCCAUUCCAGAGGAGGAUGAAGGGAAAAUCUUUAACACCUGCUCAGUUUUUGGGCCUGAUGGGAAAUUAUUGCUGAAACACAGGAAGAUCCAUCUGUUUGAUAUCGACGUUCCUGGGAAAAUCCGCUUCCAGGAGUCCGAGACGUUGACCCCAGGGAGCAGUUUAUCUGUGUUCGAAACCCCUUUCUGUAAAGUGGGAGUGGGGAUCUGCUAUGACAUCCGAUUUGCAGAGCUUGCACAGAUCUACGCAAGGAAAGGUUGUAAGCUGUUGGUUUACCCCGGAGCCUUUAACAUGACCACAGGACCUGCUCACUGGGAGCUGCUUCAGAGAGCUCGGGCGGUGGAUAAUCAGGUGUACGUGGCCACGGCUUCACCAGCGAGAGAUGAGGGCGCCAGUUACGUGGCCUGGGGUCACAGCUCGGUCGUUAACCCCUGGGGUGAAGUGAUCACCAAAGCACAAUCGGAAGAAAGCAUAGUGUACGCCGAUAUUGACCUGCAGUACUUGGCUGACGUGCGUCAACAGAUCCCGAUCACAACACAGAGACGUAACGAUAUAUACACGGUCCACGCUGUUAACGAGGGAUGAGUCUGCCUGAUUAAGACCCUGUUUACACCUGGUGGCUUCGUGCGUCUCCGAUCUCAGUUGGAUUCUGAUAUUUUCAGCUUUUCACAUCGCAUCCAAAUCAGUUUAUUAUGAUUCACUGUUUGUGUUUUUGUGCUCCUUUUGAGAAUAUGAUUAUACCUGAAACCAGAAGGAUAUGUAAAUAAAAAAUAAAAUAAAUUUUAAAUAAGUUCAAGAACUUAAAGCAAAAAUGAAGUGAUUUUAUCUACAAUGAUUCCUAUAUACCGUAUUUUUCGGACAAUAAGUCGCACUUUUUUUCAUGGUUCGGCUGGCCAUGCGACUUAUACUCCGGUGCGACGUAUAUAAUGGGUUUUUUUUUUUUUUCACCGUGGAAUAACUGGAGCUGAUGCUGAGUCUGAUGACAGCCACGCAGAAGAAGAGGAAACGGCGCUUCGUCUGCCGCUGGAGUUGGCAGAGUUGUUGAGAAGCGACACCGAGGAUGAGGAAUUCAAUGGAUUUGCUGAUUUGGAGUGAAAUCAUCAGCUUGAUAAACUUGAUUGACCUGUGUUUUAUUAUUAAUGAUAGGCCUAUAGUUAUUUAAAUAAGUUAUGUAGUGAUUUUAGGCAGUGCUUAAUUUGUGAAGUGGGAGGUCCCAGAACGCAGGAGGUGGGUGGGUCCGGCGACUUAAAAAAAAAAAAAAAGGCGGGGGAUGGUUUACUAUAACUUUAUGCACAUGCGCUUAUUGUGUGUGUAAAAUAAUAA